AUGCACAUCCACCACUCAGCCCAGACCAGGGCUCUAGCGAUCCCCGAGAUCGUGAUAUCGAUCCUCCACCAAAUGGACAUGGACACCCUAAUCGCCGCCCAACGUGUCUGUCAUGCCUGGGCAGACCCAAUCCGCAGAUUACGUUCACUGCAAAAAGCCCUAUUCUUUAUUCCAGACAGCGACAAAAGCGGGACAAACACACGAGUCUACAAUCCCCUUCUGGCACGAGUAUUUGACUCGGCUUUCCCAUCGGAAGACCUGCGAGGUCCCAGCAAUGCAAAAGGCUGCAAAGUAACAGAAAACAUGAAGCAAGUCGCACUCAGUCACUUCGAUCUUGCAAAAAGCCCGACUAAGAGAGAGAUAUAUCUCCGGCCCGAGGCGAGCUGGCGCCGUAUGCUGACGCAACAACCGCCGAUCCUCACGGUUGGACAGUUUAGUACGGGGACUGGACCAAUGGGUCUUAAUUGGCACCAAAAGAGGGCAGCACGGCAAGAUGAGGGACUCCGUAUGGGGACUUUAUUCGAAUGGCUUGUUAAUCUGGGACGCUAUAAGUGGAAUGAUGCGAUGAUUGCGAUUUGUCUAGGUGGAGCUGAACCUCUCAAUACGCCGCCUAAGAUCAUGGGUCCAUCCACUUAUCUCUUUGCGGAUAAUAUUAACGAAGAUUGGAGGAUUAUGUGUGCGGACUUUGAUCUUAUGCUUAUGACGGGGACUUCGAGCUCAUGUACAGAUUUUGAGCCGGAUGACCCUGAUUAUGAGAAGAGUACAGAUGAGGUUGUUUGGGAAGAGAUUUGUGAGACUUAUUCCAAGUUAGGAUUGACAGUGGCAGGGUUGAAGAUGGAAGAGUAUAAUGAGGGAUUCGAGUGGUGGGAUUAA